AUCGGCUUAUCGCUGCCGUCUACCUAUAGUUGUAAACAUAACGACAACAAACGAGCAGCUACACCGUAGCCCUACAUACGCACCACCAGGAAUGUACGAAAUUACUUUGGUUUUUUAGUUUUAGCUAAUAUUACUCGAUGUGUGCUAAAUAUACAAUAAUGAGCUAUCACGGCUAUCGUCAAUUAUGUAAAAUGUUUUCUCUGCUCUGGCCGUGACAUGGAUAUCGCCGAUCGCAAUCUCACUGUGUCUCGGUGCCCUAGAAAACGGCAAUAAUUAAAUCAGUCUAGAUUUUGAUUGAUAAAAAUGGCUCUCGGACAUGCCGUGGUUGUGUGGGAAUGGGAAAACCGUAAUGGCCGAUGGAAACCACACAGCCCCGAAGUUGCCCAGUUGUUGGAAAGAGCUCAUUUCAAGAAACUCACUCGAGUAAUAUUGAGAGAUGCUGACCCAAAUAUGGAAUCAUCGUUUGUCAAUUUACGCACUAUGUACCAGUGUUCUGAAGAAAACGAAGGUGCACUUCUGGCUGUACGAAGAUCUUACUAUCCAGCGAAUGCAUUACCUGGUAAAGGAGCAAGGUGGGAAUGGGCUGGGGAUAUACCUGGAGAAUGGCAUACAUAUGAUAUGGAAUCUCAGUGUUUUUUAGAAACUGCUUGGGCAAUGGGGUGUCAAGUUAUAGAUGUAAGCAGGACGUAUUUAGGUUUCCCUUACACAAUUAAUUUUUGCAAUUUAACUCAAGUAAGAAACGACAGUGGGUAUAAACGUAAUAUCAGACGUGUCAACCAAGCACCUUACCCACUUGUGAAAAUACAGUCUGAUGAAGUUAUUCAAUUUAAUGAUAGGGCUGUUAUUGAUACUAUAAGAAAUUUAUCUCUGAAAAAUGAACCUAUUAGAAAAUCUAGUUCAGAAUAUAUAGACACAAUUACAAAAAAACAAUUGCAAUAUAAGAAACACAAACAAGUAGGUCCUGACAAUCAUCAUAGUGGUACCAAUAUAGCUCGAACUUUAUUAAGCAUAUUUGCAAACAAAAAUCCUUCGUCGAUGUCUAGAGAAGCUCAAUGGCCAAUAGGUACCACAGCAACUAAAAGCUAUAGUGAAUCAAUUAAAUCAGAUUCAUCUAUAAUAGAUUUGGACUCUAGUAGUAUUCAAAGUGGUAGACGUCCUAGUGUAGAUACAGUUUCAACUUACUUAAGUCAUGACAGUCAUGAAUUACGUACAUCAAGAUAUGACCUUCUAGAUUACUCUGGUGGUAGUAUUGGAAGUGAUGAUGCAUUUGAAUAUCAACAGAAAUCAGAUGAUAGUAGUACUCAAUCUGUAGUUGGAAUAAAUUCUGUAAGUGAAAAAUUAUCUCGCUAUGUUCAAAUAGUUGAUGAUUUUUGGCCAGGACUUGACUCAUUAUGUCCAUUUUGUCAAAAUCCACUGAUAUUAUCUAAUAAUUCAAACAAAAGUUUAGUUAUAGCUUUAAGCACUUGUCAACAUCGAAUGCAUCUUACAUGUCUAAACUCUGUUUUAAACAAUCAACCACAUUCUAAUCAGUGGAUGUAUAUUCAAUGCCCAGUUUGUUUGAAAGUCUACGGAGAAAAAAGAGGCAAUCAACCCCCAGGUGCUAUGAAAUGGACAUAUUUAAAUAGAUCAUUACCUGGAUAUGGUAGUACAAGAACUAUUCAAAUCACUUAUGAAAUAUCUUCUGGAAUUCAAGGUGAAGAACAUCCACAUCCUGGCCGUCCAUAUUAUGCUCUUGGUUUUCCAAGAAUAUGUUAUUUGCCAGAUACGGAAAAGGGAAGACGUGUAUUAUCAUUGUUAAGUAAGGCGUUUGAAAGACAAUUAGUAUUUACAGUUAGACUUUCAAUGACAACUGGAAAUGAAGAUGUUGUUGCAUGGAAUAAUAUUAUUCACAAAACUGAUUUUGAUACCAGAAUGCAUCAUGGUUUUUUAGAUGAAUGUAUUGAACAAUUAUCAGCACAUGGUGUUGUUUAAAUAAGUUUCAGAAGAAGAAAAAAAACUAAUCUUUAU